AUGAAUAAUAGAAUUUUACAAACAAGUCAUGCCAAUAAUACAGAUAUGAAUAUUCGACCACCAAUUAAAAAUAAUUUAAAUGAACAAUUGAAAAUUUAUUAUACUUAUCGAGAUGAAGCUAUACGAGAACAUUUGAAUAAUGUAGAAAAUCGACCAUUAUCUCAAUUAACUUUUCGUCAUAUUCCAAAAGAACCACCAAUUACUCGUCAUCAUACAGUUCCAUCACAAAUUUUAUCUUCUAAUACAAAAGGAGAUUCAAAUUCUACGUCUGAUAAAUUUCAAAAUUGUAAUCAAUCAAAUGAUUUGAAUCAUUUUCAAGAUGCUUUUUUUGAUGAAUGGUCACUUGAUCAAGUAUCUUCUUCAAAAACACCAUUAAAAUCCAUAGAAAAUUUUGAUGAUAAUAAUAAUAAUAAUAAUAAUGCUGAUGAUACAGGUUUUGAUACUUAUGAUCAUAUACCAUCAAUUGAUUACGACGAAGAAAAAUGUGAUAAAGUAACCUGGAUAUCAGCUGAUGUUUAUGAUGAUGGACCAGAAUAUCGUGAUAAAGAUUUUAGUCAUACAAAAACAAUGUUAGAACGUUUUCAUGCUUUAUUUGGUUUAAGAAAAUUUCGAUCGAAUCAACAAGAAGCUAUUAAUUGUGCACUUGAAAGACGUUAUCAUCUAUUCAUUCUCAUGCCAACAGGUGGUGGUAAAUCAUUGUGUUAUCAAUUACCAGCUGUUCUUGAUCAAGGAAUAACUUUUGUAGUUUCUCCAUUACGUUCAUUAAUUCUUGAUCAAACACAAAAACUUUUAUCAUUAGGUAUUCCAUGUGCUGCAUUAACUGGUGAUCGAACAUCAGCUGAAGUAUCUGCAAUCUAUGCUCAAUGUUAUGCACCACAGCCUAAACUUAAACUUGUUUAUAUAACACCAGAAAAAAUAGGACAAAGUGAUCAAUUAAAUAAAUUAUUUUCACAUCUUUAUGCAAAAAAUAAUUUAGCUCGAUUUGUUAUUGAUGAAGCACAUUGUAUUUCUGAUUGGGGUCAUGAUUUUCGUCCUGAUUAUGUUAAAAUUGGUACAUUACGUGAUCGAUAUCCUCGUGUUCCAUUUAUAUUAUUAACAGCAACAGCAACACCACGAGUUCAACGUGAUAUGCUUCAUCAAAUGAAACUUGAUAGACAUUUAUCAAAAUUAUUUAUUCAAUCAUUUAAUCGAUCUAAUCUUGUUUAUAGAUGUUUUCCUAAAGGAAAAACUGAUGGAGCUUUAGCACGUACAGCUCAGUUAUGUUUAAGUGAACAAUUUGUUGGAAUGUGUGGAAUUGUUUAUUGUUUUUCACGUGCUGAAUGUGAAAAAAGUGCUGCUUAUUUAACGAAAAGUGGUGUUACAGCACAAGCUUACCAUGCAGGUUUAGAUGAUCAAGAUAGAACUGAUGUACAAACAAGAUGGGCUAAUGAUGAAUAUCAAGUAAUUUGUGCAACAAUUGCUUUUGGAAUGGGAAUUGAUAAACCAAAUGUUCGUUUUGUUAUUCAUUUAUCAAUGCCAAAAUCAAUUGAAGGUUAUUAUCAAGAAUCUGGUCGAGCUGGACGUGAUGGUGAACAAGCAUAUUGUUAUCUUUUUUAUAGUUAUCAAGAUUUAAUUAAAACAAAACGUUUAAUAAUGACUGAUCAAUCAGCAAAUGCAACAAAUGAAGCAAAAAAAGUUCGAAUUGAUAAUCUUCAUUGUGUUUAUACAUAUUGUCUUAAUAAUGUUGAUUGUCGUCGAACAUUAUUACUUGAAUAUUUUGGUGAACAAUAUUUAUCAAGUCAAUGUAAAAAAUAUAUUGCAACACGUUGUGAUAAUUGUUGUAGUGUUGCUCAAACGAAAUUAAUUGAUUUUACAAUAUUAACUAAACAUAUUAUUUCAUUAGUCGAUCAACUUACAAAAAAAUUGAGAUCAACAACUAUUAAUCAAGUUAUUGAUAUUUUAAAAGGAAGUAAACAAAAAACUAUUAAAGAUGCUGGAUAUGAUAAAUUAGAACAAUUUAAUAUUGCAGAAGAAGUUUCGAGGAUUAAUUUAGAACGUCUAUUAUCAAAAUUAAUACUUGAUGGUUAUCUUCAUCAAGAUAUAUCGAUAAACGAUACAUACGGUACAGCAACAGCUUAUAUACGUGUUGGAAAAAUAAAUACAUUUCCUAGUCCAAUAACUUUAUCAGUUUGUCUUAAAAAAGAAAAUCCAGAUGUUUCAUCAACAAUAUCAAAUAAUUCUAUACAUAAUCGUCUUGUUGAUGCAUGUCUUAUAAAAUUAAAAGAUGAACUUAAACUAAUAUCAUCAGAAUAUAAUAUAAAAUAUUCAACAAUAUUAAGUGAAACAGCUUUAAAACAAAUGGCAUUAACAAUGCCAAGAACUAAACAAGAAAUGUUAAGAAAAACAGUUGAAAUGACAACAAUAAAAUAUGAUAUGUAUAAAUUAGAUAGACUUUUAUCAAUAACUUGUCUAUUUGGAUCAAAAUUAGAUGAAGAAAAACGAGAAGAUUUAAUAAGUGGUGGUCUCAAACGAAAACGAGAAGCAACAACAACAACAACAACAACAACAACAAGUUCUUAUUUUCAAGAUAAAACAAAUUCUAAUAUUAAGAAAAAAAAAUGA